AUGCACACGGCCCAAGCGCUCGCGUCGCUGCGGCGCGCCCGCACUCAGGACGUCGAGACCGGCGCGUCGCGCGUCCGCAAGCACCCGACCGAGCGCUCGUCGCUGCUCCCCACCACCGGCCACUGUCACAGCAACGGCAGCAGCACUGGCAGCAGCAGCAGCCACCCCCCGCUCGCGCACGGCUGCAGCCCCCACUCGGUAGCGGACGUGGCGGACGCGCCGCUGACGCUCGCGCAGGACGCGCGCGCCAUCUACCGCCUGCUGGCGGACCAGCCGCUGAACCUCAUGCUGCUGGCGGCGCCCGUGGCCCUGUGGGCGUCGCUGGGCGGCUGGAGCGACCUCUGGGUCUUUGCCGCCAACUUCCUCGUGAUGAUCCCACUGGCCAAUUUGCUGGGCGAAGCCACCGAGUCGCUGGCGUUCCACACGGGCGAAACCAUUGGCGGCCUCGUGAACGCCACGUUUGGCAACGCGGUGGAAGUGAUUGUCGCGCUCUUUGCGCUCCAAGCGGGCGAGAUCAGCGUCGUGCAGAGCUCGCUCAUUGGCUCCGUGCUGUCGAACCUGCUGCUCGUGCUCGGCUGCGCGUUCAUUGCCGGCGGCGUGCGCAACAAGGAGAGCUCGUUCAACGCCGUGGGCGCGAGCGCCAACUCGUCGCUGCUCAUGCUCGCGAGCUUUGGCAUGUUGCUCCCGAGCUACAUCUUUUACUUUUCCGACCACGACUCGGAGGAGAUUCGCGUGGCGAAUACGCUCACGCUCUCGCGCAUUGCGGCAGCGUUUCUGCUGUUUAUGUACCUGCAGCUGCUGUUCUUCCAGCUCAAGACGCACGCCGACUACUUUGAAGACGAACAGGACCACGCGGACGAAGUCGUGGCGCUGUCGAAGCGAGCGAGCGCGACCGUGCUGCUCGUUGCCACGCUGCUAGUGUCGAUGUUCUCCGAGUUCCUCGUGGACUCGAUCGACGGCUUUGCUGCGCAAAUGCACCUGAGCAAGUCGUUCAUUGGCAUUAUCCUGCUGCCCGUCGUGGGCAACGCUGUCGAGCACGUGACGGCGGUCAAGGUCGCGCUGAACAACAAGAUGGAGCUCGCCAUGGGCGUGGCCGUGGGCUCGGCGACGCAGGUGUCGCUCUUUGUCGUGCCCGUGGUCGUGCUCUCGGGCUGGUUCAUGGACCGCGCCAUGACGCUGGCGUUCCCUCAGUUUGAGAUCCUCAUCUACCUCAUGUCGAUCAUUAUCGUCUACGCGAUCAUUGCCGAUGGCAAGUCCAAUUGGCUCGAGGGCUCGAUGCUGCUCACGGCGUAUGCGCUCGUAGCCAUUGCGCUCGUGUGGGUCGAAGUGCCCACUGCAGAGGAGUAA